AUGGCAGACACUUAAACUCCUGAUGAUAUUAGUAAAGUGAUACCCAUUAAUCCUUAAUACCAAGUGCCUAAUGCAGUUCAGAAUCAAAUGUAGAUUCCAAACCAAAUUCCACAAAUAUAAUAGCCUCCACAAUAAACAUAUGUUGUAUAUGCUCCUUAGAUGUACUAACCAAGACCAUAAUAUAACCUUAAUCAAGUUCAACCUAUCCAAUAUCCACAAUUUCAACAUCCGCAACGCUUGGUCCCCCCUUAAUAACAACCAUACUUACCAUACCAAUAAUAACCUUAGAUGAUGUAGCCAUUAAUUCCCCCUCUUAAGUAAGAAGAAACCUUAAAGCAUGAUUCCUUAAGAUUGGCUGGAAAAUUAGAAAGAAGGUUUUUCAACUUACAGGUUCUAUCCUUUUUCCUUCUUUUCUAAGCCUUCGCUUUGGUUUUGUGUUGUAGUUCUUAUCGCAAUGGCUUUAUUGAAUUCUAGUAUAACCUUUACGGUAGUUUCAAGGUUCCAUUUUACAUUUUCACAGUGAUAAUGGCACUUUCACUAUUAUACUCUUACACAGCUUCAAAGAAAUUGAAGAACUCCUCAACUAGCAAAAUUCUUUGUGCAGUCUAUGGAAUAUCAUAUGGUUUCUUUAUUUAGGCUUUGUAUUCCUCCACUUAUUCAUAUUACUAUUAUUAUUAAAGUGGAAACAGCUAUCACUUUUUGGAAUCAAAUGGUGGCGAUGAGAUCGUUAUAAUAGUGUUUAGUUUCAUUAAUCUUGAAGUUCUAUCGCUAUUUACAUACGCAAUGCAAGAAUUAGACCAAUUAAGCUUUAGAAACUCCUUCUGGUAUGUUAUGGUACCCUCAGUUACUUAUGGAGGAAUCCUGUUUUCUCUCUAUUAUUAAUACGGUGUAUUGUGUGGAAUCAUCUGUUUUUCAAUUGCAUUUGGAUUCUAUCUUCAAUUCAUCCUUUCUAGAAUGAUUCAAUCAACUAAGUUUAACUUGAGAUCCGAUGACGGCAAAUACGCAGCUGUUCUCUUAGGCUUUUUAAUUCUGGUUCCAUUCUUUGAUAUUGGAUUGAACAAAAGUGACGAAAUGGUGUAAGAAUCCUAGAGUUAAAACAAUUAGUAAAAAAAUAAUAUACAAUGAGGAAAAUCAUAAAACAAUAUUCAUAAUUUAUAUCACUUGCUUGUUAUUCAA